AUGAAGGUGGCUUCCGAAUUGACCGAUGAGCGCGUUCUUGCGCGGCUCAAGGCGUACAACAACGCCGGCGAGGGCUCCGAGACAGACUACGUCUACGUCAACGGCAAGCCCAUAACGUGCCGUCGAUGCAAGCGCAAGAGACUGGUGUCUGAGACGCCCGAACACUUGCAGUUCAAGACGUGCAACCCGUGCCGCGUGAUCGAGCGAGCGCAGAAGCGGCGCGGGUCGAAAACCAGCGUCAUCAAAAAUAGAGAGGAAUACGACAUGAUCCAGCAGAUUAGAGGUCUGGAUACCGAUUUGGAGACGGCGGCCGCGGCCGACACUCCGCGCACAAAAUCCGCAAAACCGCCCGAGACGACUCCCGACGUGCCGCAGUCGUCUACCGCGUCGUCUCCCGAGCAGCCCGACGGGUCUGGGCUCGAGAAAGACUCGCUGGCCGAGCACGAUGCCCCGACCCAGUCUCCGGUAGACUCCAGGGCCGACAUGCAGCAGCGACUGCUGCACAGCCAUGCCACAGGCCAUCAGGACCCGCGGCGGCCUGCGUCUGUGUGUGUUUGCUGCGGCCAGGACACAGACGGCCUCGACGACCUGUGUUCUCCGUGCGAAAACAGAGACUCGGUCAUCAAAUCGCUCGACUACUAUCUCCAGCUGCUCCAGCUCAACCACGAACAGGAGCUGUGCAACUUAGUGUUCACGACGACGGAGCCGCACGCGCAGCUUCUCGCAAGGACGGCCGCCAAAGAAAAAACGCCCGCCACGGUGCUCCUGCGACUAUACGAAAAAUAUAUUCUCGCCAUAAGCAAGGCCACAGGCUACGACUUCAAGUACCAGACGGAGUCUGAGUUUUCGCGCAAGUAUUGCGACCCUGUUCAGAUGAGAGUGCGCGAGUGUCUCAAAUGCGUCAAUGAGAUAGACAUGCUUUUCCAGAACGACGACAUCGACUCCGAACUCAUGGCUCUGCAGUCGUCGCCCGUGGACCAGAGCCCGGCCAAGGCGCCGUGCCACUCGCUGAUCUUCGUGUCCUACAACGCGCGUUCCGGAAGGCUCGUGAUCAGCUUCACGCACCAGCCGCACCGCUAA